ACGAGGGUUAAAAUAGAGCUUAAAAGGCGUUUUCAAGAAAACAAAAAUAUGCUAGUUACGUAAUAGCGUCAGUCCUGACGUGAUCACGUGAUCUCUGGCCCUCGGUGAGGCGGUGCCUCUUGACGGUGGUUGUUCAGCGUGGUGCACGCAGACGUCGGGCAACAAGCACCGUUACAUUUGUAGUUUGGGAUCUAAAAAUAACCCACAACAGCACUUAAACGUGUGCUUGGCUCACUACCAUUUGUCAAAACUCUGCUUGGGGUUGGAGGAUAAAUUAGAUAUGAAUGUUCCUGCGGGAUUUCGUGCGGAUUCGUUAGCUCCCAAGUAGUGAUUCCGGUUCAGUGGGAAGGUUUGAACUGUUCUCUGGAAAGUGACCAUUGUUGAAAUCAGGUCGAAGCUGUUUUCAUCCCCACUGGCUGGCUUUCUUAGCUUCUUUUUUUACGGAUUUAAAACAAAAAACAGUGCAAGCUUUUUAGUGUCAUGAAAGAAAUGUCAAGCUCCAUGCCUGGUGGGCAGCAGCCUCAGAAACACUAUGGCAUCACCUCCGCCAUCAGCCUGGCUCCCCCACGAGAAAUAGACCAUUUGUACACCAAGAAACUCUGUGAUGCUAUGAAGCCUUUCGGUGUUUUUGAGGACGAAGAGGAGCUGAACCACAGACUCGCUGUUCUUGGGAAGUUGAAUAACUUAGUUAAAGAAUGGAUCGCAGAGAUCAGUGAAUUAAAGAACCUUCCACCGUCUGCUAUUAGUUGUGUUGGAGGAAAGAUUUUUACAUUUGGUUCAUACAGACUUGGAGUUCACACAAAAGGAGCUGAUAUUGAUGCCUUGUGUGUGGCGCCGCGGCACGUAGAGAGAAUUGACUUUUUCCAGUCUUUCUUUGAGAAAUUGAAACAGCAUGAAGAGAUCAAAGACCUCAGGGCUGUUGAAGACGCUUUUGUACCGGUGAUAAAAUUCAAUUUUGAUGGGAUUGAGAUUGACCUGCUUUUUGCCAGAUUGGCCUUACAGUCCAUUCCAGACAACCUGGACCUGAGGGGCGACUCCAUCCUGAAGAACUUGGACAUUCGAUGCAUCCGAAGCCUCAACGGUUGUCGAGUAACGGAUGAAAUUUUAUACCUUGUGCCAAACAAAGAGAACUUCAGGUUGACGUUGAGAGCCAUCAAACUCUGGGCGAAACGUCGAGGGAUCUACUCCAACAUCCUGGGUUUUCUGGGUGGAGUUUCGUGGGCCAUGCUGGUGGCCCGGACCUGCCAGCUCUACCCCAACGCCGUAGCCGCCACACUCGUCCAUAAGUUCUUCCUGGUUUUCUCAAAAUGGGAAUGGCCGAAUCCUGUGCUACUGAAACAACCUGAGGACAGUAAUCUCAAUUUACCUGUUUGGGACCCCAGAGUGAACCCGUCUGACAGAUACCACCUGAUGCCCAUCAUCACGCCCGCGUACCCCCAGCAGAACUCCACCUACAACGUUUCCACGUCGACACGCACCAUUAUGACGGAGGAGUUCAAACACGGUCUCAGCGUCACAGACGAGAUUCUGCAAGGCAAAGCAGAAUGGCCGAAGCUCUUCGAACCACCCAACUUUUUCCAAAAGUACAAGCAUUACAUUGUUCUUACUGCCAGUGCAUCCACAGAAGAAAACCACUUAGAAUGGAUCGGCCUCGUAGAGUCAAAGAUCCGCGUUCUGGUGGGGAACCUGGAGAGGAAUGAGUACAUCACGCUGGCUCACGUCAACCCGCAGUCUUUCCCCGGCUCCAAAGAGAACCGCAACGAAAACGACUUUGUCUCCAUGUGGUUUAUUGGAAUCAUAUUCAAGAAGGUGGAGAACGCAGAGAGCGUGAACAUCGACCUUACGUUUGACAUCCAGUCCUUCACAGACACGGUGUACAGACAAGCUAAUAACAUCAACAUGCUGAAAGAUGGGAUGAAAAUCGAGGCGACGCACGUGAAGAAGAAACAACUCCAUCAGUAUCUCCCCCCCGAACUGGUGCAGAAGAAGAAAAGGAGCAUAGCGGAGCUGAACCGAAACUCGAACGGUGGAAGUUCGAAGCGGAUCUCCCUGGACAGCAGCCACCUGGACAGCUCCAGAGACACCGACUCGGGGACGCCCUUCAGCUCCCCGAGCAGCAAAGCCCUCAAACCAGCGCCGGACGCAGACGAAGGAGCGAGUCCACCAAAGCAGCUUUUCCUGGAGACGUCUCCAGCGCCGAGCGCAGCCGCCGCCACGCCUCAGGCCAGUGCGGCGGCGGCGGCGGCCGUGUCAUCGAGUGCAGCAGCGGCGGAACCGGCUGCAUCCGCUGCAGCUACAGAGCAAGACGCCGCUCGCUGCUCGCCGCCGGCCGAAUCGUCCAUCAGCGGCGUCCUGAGUGACGCGGUGAAGCCCAGCGCCGCCAGCAGCCCCAAGGAGGAGCCCAACGGCCUGGAGGAGCCCCCCGCCGCCGCCACCAAGAGGCCGCACUCGCCCACGCAGGACGACCUCGCCAAGAGGAACAAGGACGCGGAUGCAGCGCCCAGCGACGACUCGACGUUCAAGGAGCCGUACCCGCCGUCGUCGGACUGCAGCCCUCACGGCGAGGCGCCCAGCACCCCGCCUCACUCUGGAUCAAAGGCCAAACCCAUUCCAACCAUCGAUACCUCGAGAACGCAGAGACUUCCCAGCAUGGAGCUGCCUGACGCCUCGUCGCCGCUGCCGGCCAGCAACAGCUGCCGCGUCGUGAAAAACUCCAUCAAGCUUGCGCUCAACCGUCACAACGUCACGCCGCCCAAGCCGCCGGUGUUUGAGGAAACGCUCAGCCCAGACGCUCCGGCCGCCGGUGAAGAGAAGGGCAUGUCCAUUCCCGUCAUCGGAUCAAAUCUUCUUUCCUCGGUAGAACAUGCGGCCCCUAAGCACACAGCGCCCCCUGUUGGCAGCUCCAUCCCCACCCUGGUCAGCCGAGUCGCCGACCCCCUGAACGGCGCGACCUCUAAACGACCCCACUCCCCUUCGGUGGAGGAGCAGGCGAAGCGGCUGAAGGAAACAGAGAAAGCCCGGAUUCACAUAGCCUGAACGGACCGCAUGUGAACCGCGCCGCCGCAGUGGGCGGAGCCUCCACAGUCGAGCCAAACGGCGACAUUUCGGCUCAUCUUCAGGUCAGUCUGUGUGAACCGUGACGCAGCAGGACGGGAACGUCGGCGCAGACGUUUCGGGUUUUCUUCCGGCGGUCGGCGCUGACCCGCUCAGAGACACGAGAACUACAGCAGCAGUUUUUUACUCCGUCUCCUCUUCCUUUUCCAUCUGUGUUUCACAAACAUAGUCAUGGGAGAUGAGCUGUUCUUUAUGUCAGAUUCCUUUUUUUUCUUUCUUUCCUUUUCAGAUGAUGUUUUAAUAAUAAUAACUAUAAUAAUAAUAAAAAAAAUAGCCGCUUCUUCUUAUUCACUCUGCUGGAGAGAGAGAGCUCAUGUUUGGUCAUUCUCCCACAUUUUCUUCACACCCGUACUGUAAAUGUUGAUGUACAUAACUUCUUGUCUUUAAAAAAAAAAAAACACACAAAAACAAAAGAUCAUCAAGUCUUUUGAUUAUUCUAUUGUAGUUUUAUCUAAAAAGAAAAAGUUUAAAAAAUUUAUUUUUGUUUUUGUUUUUUUUCUUUAUCGCUUGUACCAACAAAUCGUCUCCAUCCCUGGAAUAUUUCCUUUUGUUUUCUUAUUUUUUAGCCGCUGUAGGAGUUCGGUAAGAACAAACAGAAGCAGCCUUUACGACAGGAAUGGAGAAAUGUUUUGUUGUGUUUUCGUUUUGUUUUGUUUUGUUGUUUUUAUCCUUGUCGCAUCACAGAACGAUCAGCCACAACGCUGCGUACCGUGUCUCUGUCCCGUGUUUCGGUGAGUUCUCCGCAUAAACAUCAGCAGGUAAGCGCUACCAGAAUGUGUUUAAUACCAAUUUGGCUUUUUUCCCACCUGAUUGGCAGAAAGUCGGGAGAACUGGAUCCACCACAUCUGUCCUGUUACGACGGAUUUUAGGGCCACGCUAAGAAAACGCAAAUAAUAAAAUUACAAGAAUAAAGUCGCAAAAUUGAGAGGAUUAACUGGUAGUCAUUAGGGGAAUAGUAAUAUAAAGCCAUUACUUUAUAACUGAAGUAAUAUUGUGAGAAUAAAGUUGCAGGACUAUGAUUUUAUUCUGGUAAUAUUACAACUUUAUUCUUACUAUUCUCAAAAUGUUGACUUUAUUCUCAUAUUAUUAUUGUGAUACGACUUUAUUCUCGUAUAAUUUUGCCUUUAUUCUCUUAAUAUGAGUUUAUUCUGGUAAUAUUACAACUUUAUUCCAACUUUUCUUGAAAUGUUGGCUUUAUUUUCAUAUUAUUUCGGUUUUAUUCUGGUAUAAUUUCAACUUUAUUCUUGUAAUAUUACGACUUUAUUCUCUUUAUCUUUGUAAUUUUGUUCUUUUAUUUUGUCAUUUUUCAUUGCGUGGCCCUAAUGCUCCGUCGAUACACUGUUUCUCUCCAACCUCUGACUGUAAAGACUCUUUCGGAUCAAACCGAACCUCGUCUUGGUGAUUUGUUUUUUGUUUAGUUUUUUGUAGUUUAAGAAAAUCUUUAUUUUGUUUUGGAUGACUGGCUGGCUGUGUGCAAACGUUUAACGAUGGCUGUGUUGACGUGUAAGAGAGAGAAUAUUCCCUUUGUUUCGGGUGCUAACCCUCUGCGCCUCCUGUGGAGGUUCUUAGAAGGCAUCUUGUGGGUCCACAGGUUGAGUGGGGUGUCAGUGGGGGUGGGUGGAGAUGCGUCCACUCCCCCCCCACCCUGACCCGCCCUGUAGACGCCGAGUGGCUUUGUGUUUGAUGUACGUGUCGAGUGAUGCUACUACUGACGCUCUUUCUUCAUUAAUGCUUCUUUUUUUUUUUUUCCAGAAUCAGUUUCCCAAAUUAAAAUGUACAGAGGGCCGUUUUUUUUUUCUUUCUUUUUUCCAAAAAGGCAUCUUUUGUCAUUAUUGGGGGUUUUCUUAUCACAUUAUUUAUAUAUGCAUAUUUGUACCAUGUGAUCUUUUUGUUUUAAUAGCAUUCAUAGCAGCUAGGUCUUUUUUUUUUUGGAAUAUCUGCACCACUCUGUUUCAGACGACUCAUUUCUGCUGUUCAGAAACAUUUAACACAAGUCAUUUAGAUGUUUGUUUCUAAAAUGUAUUGAAAGGGUAUUUUUGUAUGUGUUUACCACUUCCUUUAAAUGAAUCAUACAUCCAUUAAACCCCUUAAAAAAACAAAA